UUUCUGUGCCGAAUUUGUUUGUAUUGCGUAACUUGCAUUUACGGAUUUUUUCAUUUUCAUUCAGUUUAAUUCUAGCCAAAACAAACCAUAUGUGGAUACAUCUUGUUUAGAGUUUUUUUUUUGUUUUUUGGUGUUAUGUUAGUACACAAAAAUUUACAGUGUUUACUUUGAUGCGAUUGUACUUCCAAGAUAGCCGAACUGUUUGCAUACGACAUUACUUGCAAGCAAAUUGAACAGCCAGCUGUCUCUCUAGUCUUACACAUCAUUUGAAAUUAUCAAUUUUUUUUCAAGAUGGGUAAAUGCGGGAAUGUGAUGGUAGUUCCAAUUAAACUUGUUCUUCUAGUAUUAAACGUCGUGUGUCUAUUGGCUGGAAUAAUCUUACUCGUGUGUAGCGUGAAUUAUUUAAUCAGCGGUGGACAAUUAGAAAAUGUGCUCGAGAAUUAUGUGAUGAUCCUCGCUGCCAUUACUAUAGUUACAUCUCUGUUUAUAAUCACAGUAUCUUCAAUCGGCGUCUUAGGAGUCCUUAGGAGAACCAAAACGUACUUGUAUAUAUACGUCACAAUCCUCUUCUUCCUUAUUUUUCUAAAAGUCGGUACAGGAAUUACAGCGUUUAUCAUGUACUCUAUGGCGGAUAAACAAUUGAAAAUCUUCCUGGACACGUAUUAUGGCGAUCCUGUAAAGUACGAGAGCAAUAUAGACAUCAUCCAAGACUUUUUCCACUGCUGCGGGGCAUACAAUUUAAGUGGCUGGAAGACUGAAAAACUACCGGAAACUUGUUGCGAGAAUAACAUUCCAACGUGUGAUGUUACGACGGCCUUCCAAGUGUCUUGCUAUAACCAAAUAAUCGCUACCAUAAAUGGACAAUUUCUCGUGAUCGGUAGUUUUUGUUUUGUACUGAUAUGCUUUGAAUUAGCGUGCAGCAUUUUCGCUUGUUUAAUCAUCUGUACCGUUGGAGAAAGAGAAUUUCGACGUUCGACAAUACAAUUCAACCGCUUUCCACAACGUAGCAAGUCGUCCUUCGAUUCCUAAAACGUUGAUAUUUAAUAAAGCUGCCGUUUUCUCACUUUUUUAAA